GCUCGCAACUGGAUAGACAAGCUCGUCUAUCGGUAUAUCGGGACUAUGUUGUCAUGAUCAAUGUCUUUGGCAGGCCUGGAGAUGAGAUCACAGCCCGGGGAAGACGCUUUAAGGUGGCAGCAGAAGAGUGGCCGGGUCAGGCGGUUCUCCACAAAAUGACACGAUCGGCAAGCAGCUUGCGCCAGCCCACGUCUUUGCUCGCAGGGAGAGGUAUAUAACCCCCCCAAAUAGCCCUCGGCCCUUCUCUCUCUACACAUCAGCCCUAACAUCAUGUCGUCUGAACAAGAACACGGCACUGUUGGUGAGGCCAACAACGUCAAGAAAAUCCACCCUCACCCUCGACUCCACGACGUCAAACUCCACCCAAAACCCCACGUCAAGGACCAUGCAGCUUAUGCAGAUCUGUACAAGGAGUCCAUCGAACAACCCACUGAGUUCUGGGGCCGUAUGGCUCGUGAGAACUUAUCCUGGGACCGGGAUUUCAAGACUGUGCAGAGUGGUUCAUUUGAGGAUGGUGAUGUUGCAUGGUUCCUUGAAGGUGAGCUGAACGCUUGCUACAACUGUGUGGAUAGGCAUGCACACAAGAAUCCCGAUAGUGUGGCUUUGAUUUACGAAGCGGAUGAGCCUGGAGAGGGCCGCAACAUCACUUACAAGCAACUCUUGCGAGAUGUGUGUCAGUUGGCCAAUACUCUCAAAGCAAUGGGUGUCAAGAAGGGUGAUGUGGUGACUAUCUACAUGCCUAUGAUUCCAGAGACUAUCGUUGCCUUUUUGGCCAUUAUCCGACUGGGUGCUGUUCACUCGGUUGUAUUUGCUGGAUUCUCAUCAGAAUCCCUGCGAGACCGCAUCCACAAUGGCAAGUCCAAGUUUGUGCUCACGUCGGAUGAAGGUAAGCGCGGUGGCAAGAAUAUUGGCACAAAGCGUAUUGUGGAUGAUGCACUCAAGCAGUGUCCCGAUGUCAAGCACUGUCUUGUGUUUAAGCGAACAGGUUCUGAAGUGCCAUGGACAGAGGGACGUGAUUACUGGUGGGAUGAGGAAGUCAAGAAGUACCCUGGCUUUUGUCCCUGCACUCCAGUCAGCUCCGAGGAUCCACUCUUCUUGCUGUACACGUCUGGUUCAACGGGUGCUCCUAAGGGUGUUUUGCACACAACUGCGGGAUACCUCCUCGGUGCAGCAAUGACGCUCAAGUACAUCUUUGAUGUCCACCCAGGUGACAAGAUUGGUACAGCAGGUGAUGUCGGAUGGAUUACUGGACACACGUAUGUGGUGUAUGCCCCCCUGUUGCUAGGUGUCGCGACCCUUGUGUUUGAAGGAACACCCGCGUACCCGAGUUUCUCUCGUUACUGGGAAAUUGUGGAGCAGCACAAGAUUACACACUGGUACGUGGCACCAACUGCCAUUCGUCUUCUCAAGCGAGCAGGCGAUGAGCAUGUCAAGGGCGAUUUAUCAUCCUUGCGUAUGCUAGGAUCGGUGGGUGAACCCAUCGCACCAGAAGUCUUCCAAUGGUACUCCUCUGUUGUUGGAAAAGAUCAGUGUUCAGUGGUGGACACAUACUGGCAAACAGAAACCGGGUCACACAUCAUUGCACCACUCUCUGCUGCUGUCGCUACGAAACCUGGAUCUGCUUCAUUGCCAUUCUUUGGUAUUGAGCCGGCACUUGUUGAUCCUGAGAAGGGUACGGAAAUUCAAGGAAAUGAUGUCGAGGGUGUCUUGGUCAUUAAGCGUCCCUGGCCGUCCAUGGCACGCACGGUGUAUGGUGCACAUGAUAGGUACAUGGAUACCUACUUGAAACCUUACCCAGGUUAUUACUUCACGGGUGAUGGCGCAGGUCGUGAUCAUGAUGGUUAUUAUUGGAUUCGAGGACGUGUGGAUGAUGUCGUCAAUGUCUCUGGUCAUCGUCUCUCUACUGCAGAGAUUGAAGCGGCACUCAUCCAAUACAAUGGUGUUGGUGAAUCUGCAGCGGUUGGAUACCCCAAUGAACUGACGGGUCAGUCGAUUGCUGCGUUUGUACAGUUGAAGUCGGGUGUGGAAGCGUCAGACCAGCUCAAGAAGGAUCUCAUCCUGCAAGUACGCAAGUCUAUCGGUCCCUUUGCAGCACCGAGCAAGAUUUUCUUUACAGAACUCCCAAAGACGCGCAGUGGCAAGAUCAUGCGUCGUAUCUUGAGAAAAGUGUGUGCUGGUGAGUCCUCCAAGGAACAGCUCGGUGACACGAGUACCUUGCAGAACCCUGAGGUUGUUGACGAUAUCGUCAAGGCUGUUGGUGAUAUGAAGUAAAGUACAGUAGUAUAAAGUAACAGACAGAUUUCACAAGUGUUCAAGGUCAGGGGAUUUUUGUG